AUGUGGGAGCUUGUGGCUUUGCUGGGGCUCAUCCUGGCUUAUUGCUUUUGGCCUAGACAAAGGUCUCCUGGUGCCAACUACCCAAGGAGCCUUCCAUCUCUGCCCCUCCUGGGCAGCCUGCCCUUCCUUCCCAAAGGUGGCCACAUCCACUUGUCCUUAUUUGAUCUGCAGAAAAAAUAUGGCCCCAUCUAUUCCUAUCGUGUAGGCUCAAGAACCAUCGUGGUCAUCGGUCACCACCAGCUGGCCAGGGAGCUGUUGGUGAAGAGGGGAAAGGAAUUCUCAGGACGACAGCUGACGAUGACUUUAGCCCUCCUGUCAGACAACGGGAAGGGCAUCGCCUUCGCGGACUCGGGCGCCGCCUGGCAGCUGCACCGCAAGAUGGUCCUCAGCACCUUCACCCUGUUCAGAGACGGCGAGCAGAAACUGGAGAACAUCAUUUGUCAGGAAGCCAGGCUGCUGUGUGAUUUUCUGGCCACCUGCGACGGACAGGACGUAGACAUGUCCCCGUCCAUCUUCAGGGCUAUAGUCAACAUAAUCUGCACCAUAUGCUUCGGGAUCUCGUACGAGAGCGGGGACCCCACGUUGAAGACCAUAAAGAGCUUCACAAAAGGCUUCCUGGAGAACGUGAGCGACAGCAACCCGGCGGACAUAUUCCCCUGGUUGAAGAUUUUCCCCAAUAAGGACCUAGAAAUGAUAAAGAAAUAUGUUAAAAUUCGAGAUGUCCUGCUGCGUAAAAUACUGAAACAGUGCAAGGAGAAGUUCAAGAGUGACUCUGCCAGCAACCUGGUAGACCUGCUGAUCCAAGCCAAGGUGAAUGCAGACAACAACAACUCUGGCCUAUACCAGGACUCAAGUCUAUUUUCAGAUAAGCACAUUCUCAGUAUCCUGGGGGACAUCUUUGGGGCUGGUGUGGAGACCUCCAGUUCUGUCUUGAAUUGGGUCAUCGCCUUCCUGCUCCAUCACCCUCAGGUGAAAAAGAAGAUCCAGGAGGAGAUUGACCAGAAUGUGGGUUUUGGCCGCACGCCAACCUUCAAUGACCGGAACCGCCUUCUCAUGCUGGAGGCCACCAUCCGCGAGGUCCUUCGCAUCAGGCCAGCGGCCCCAGUGCUCAUCCCUCAUAAGGCUAACGCUGACUCCAGUAUUGGGGAGUUUACUAUUGACAAGGACACAACCGUGAUUGUCAAUCUGUGGGCGCUGCACCACAACGAGGAAGAAUGGGACCGGCCACACCAGUUCAUGCCUGAGCGCUUCUUGGAUCCAGCAGGGAGCCAGAUCGUCAUGCCCUCCCAGAGCUACUUGCCCUUUGGAGCUGGGCCACGCUCCUGUGUAGGGGAGGCUCUGGCUCGCCAGGAGUUAUUCCUCCUCGCCGCCUGGUUGCUGCAGAGGUUUGACCUGGAGGGGCCAGAAGACGGGCAGCUACCCUCUCUGGAGGGUAUCCCCAAGAUGGUUUUUCUCAUUGACCCUUUCAAGGUGAAGCUCACUGUGCGCCAGGCCUGGAAGGAUGCUCUGGCCGAGGGUAGUGCCUAGAGACGCCCCUGCCGUCCUGGCCUCCACGCCGUGUGGCUCCUCUGCCCCAAGCCGGAACUGCUGCUCCCAUGGCGCCAUGCCAUUCCUGCCCCUUCAUUCCACUCUGCCUUCUUCCUAGCCUGCAGCAGAGCAGGCGGAUGGUAUAAACUGAGCAGUUUUUCUUUCACAGGUCCCUGAGCAGCUCAUUCAUUGCUCAUUCACUCAGUCAAAAACCA